AUGCCCCGGUACAUCCAAUACACCGAUUUGGCGCAAGUUCUGCGCCCGUUCACUUCCAACGUUGGAGCCGUCCAGGAAAUCCUCUUUGCAUUCGACCAAGCCGUUUCCAACCUCGUCAAACAAGACGAAGUGGACACUCCUGCUCUGAUAGACGUGGAAGAUAACGAUGGAGCCAUCGAAGAUGAUCGCCAUUGGUUCAUGAAUCAGUACGAAGUUGCGCAAGACGUUGCGCUCCAGGCCGUCGGCCCCAAGAUCAACGUCUAUGAUCACACCAAUCCAAUUGCCCACCCGAGUGAGGAUGCGUUCUGUGUCCUUUGUCAAGGUACAGCCGAGGACGAAGAAGAGACCAAAGAGUUACGCUUCUGGGUUAAUCUGCGAGUAUGA